UUUGGCGGGAGAUAUUGUUAAAACGUUGCUUGUCUUGCUUCGAAGUGAAAUCGUUUCGAUAAGACACUGAUAAAUCUUGUACAAAAAUGUCUAAUCCGUUGACUGCAGGAGCGAUUAAGGAAAUUUUUUUAGAUCAUAGCAAUUUGCCAAAAUCUCCUGUUUUGCAAGUGUUGGGUUUGAAAAAAGUUCAAGGCAAUCAAGGCGGAAGUGAAAGAUACCGGAUGAUUCUUUCUGAUGGCAUACAUCUUCAUACAUGUGCUAUGUUAGCCACUCAACUAAAUGACAUGGUAGUUGAUAAUCAACUAGACACAAAAGCUGUCAUCCGGUUGGAUAAAUACAUCUGCAAUAUUAUCCAUGAAACACGGAAGGUUUUAAUUAUUUUGGAAUUGUCAAUCAUCAAGAAGGGAUCGGAAUGCCCACGUUAUGGUGAUCCAAAACAGUAUGUCGAGAACACAGAUGAAAAGAGUAGCACUGGUACAACCCAAAACAACAAUAAGCCUAGUGUCCAACAAAAUCCAAAUCCUGGCUCAGCGAACGUUAAACGAAAUCAGGCCCCACCUAGCGGGUCCAGAUUUGCUAGUCACCAAACUCCUGUAUCACGAACUCAAACCGGGCCUACUGUCUUUCCUAUCAGCAGCCUGAAUCCUUACAACAACAAGUGGACAAUUUGUGCCAGAGUGACUUCAAAAUCUAGUAUUAGAGAAUGGUCAAACUCGAAAGGCCAAGGACGAUUGUUCAGUGUUGAUCUAAUUGAUGAAUCUGGUGAAAUACGAGCUACAUGUUUCACCGAACUUGUGGACAGAUUUUAUCCAUUACUUGAACAAAAUAAGAUUUACUACAUCUCAAAAGGAAGUAUGCGACCAGCAAACAAAAGAUUUUGCUCAUUAAAAAAUGACUAUGAAUUGACCUUCAACAACGAUACAACAGUUGAACUGUGUCAAGAGAACAACAGCAUUCCCACUUUGCAGUUCAAUUUCGUCGAAAUUGCCAAAAUCCAAGAUGUUCAACCUGAAAAUCUGAUUGAUAUCGUUGCUGUUUGUUCAAAUAUCGCUGAGGUGAAAGAGGUUAACACUAGAGCUGGAAAGCAGGUCUCAAAACGAGAUCUAACUUUGAUGGAUUCAACUGCUUCUGUAACCUGCACACUUUGGGGAAAAGAAGCGGAAAACUUUGAAAAGUAUGUUGGAUCGAAUCCAAUUAUUGCCAUGAAAGGGGUUAAAGUCUCAGAUUUUGGAGGUCGCACGCUGAGCACGUUGCCCUCCAGUACGAUGAUGAUAGACCCAGAUACUAUCGAAGAAGCGUUUAAGCUGCGUGGAUGGUAUGAUAAUGUUGGUCAUUCAGAAAGCAUCGGUUCAAUAUCUGGACAGAGAGGAGAUGGAAUGAGUACGAGUGUUUAUAAAACUAUCAGUGAUAUUAAGAAAGAAGGACUAGGAACGUCAGAGAAACCCGACUACUUUAAUUUAGUCGCAACCGUUUCCUACUUUAAGAAAGAUAACUGUUUGUACAAGGCAUGCCCAAAGCAAGACUGUAAUAAGAAAGUUAUUGAAGAUGCGGAUCACUACAGAUGCGAAAAAUGUAACCAAACAUAUCCCAACUUUAAACACAGACUGCUUCUAAAGAUCAAUGUGGCAGACUACACGGGCGAGCAAUGGCUGACUUGUUUCCAAGAUACAGCUGAACAAUUGCUAGGGAGAACAGCAGAUGAAAUUGGAACAUUAAGAGACACGGACGAGAAGGCAUUUGAACAGGUGUUCAGCAAGAACGCUUUCAUAAAAAAAUUGUUUCGAGUCAAGGCUAAAGUUGACACGUAUAAUGAUGAAACUCGCGUUAAUUGUUCUGCCGACAGAGUAGCUUCUUUAGAUUUACGAAAAGAAGCCAGGCGUUUGGCAGAGGAAAUCGAGAAGUUAAUGGUCUCAAAUGGACAAGUUUAGAUCACAUUUUUGCGCGAUAAAAAAGAAAAUAGUCUGCUCACUGUGUUGGUUGGUUCGGUUAUGUUGACAGUUUGUUUUCAGUUCUUCUAGUUUCAAGUUUUCUAUAGUGGGUCUAAGUAUAGCACAGGACUGUUCAAAAUAUGCGGUAUUAUGUAUAACUGAUUUGUGGUGACUAUAAAAAUAUAAAAACUUUAACUUCAGUAGUGGGUCUAAGUAUAGCGCAGGACUGUUCAAAGUAUGCGGUAUUAAUGUAAUUUAUUUGUUGUGACUACAAAAAUAUAAAAACUUUAACUUCAGUAGUGGGUCUAAGUAUAGCGCAGGACUGUUCAAAGUAUGCGGUAUUAAUGUAAUAUAUUUGUUGUGACUACAAAAAUAUAAAAACUUUA